GUUUCACUCAUGUCCAGCACUUCACAAGGAAGCAAGCUUCAGGCCUUGGGAAAUAAUUCAGGGCAAUCACUGCCUAGAUCUGGUUACUCUUUUCCAGUCGGGACAAUGAAGACUUUUAGAAGAGUUCCCAAAAUAACAAGUCUGCAACAGCCCCAAAGCCACAAACAAACUGUUGUUUAGAGAGGAAAUCUAUCCCGUAACGUUGGAAAAUUUCCCCUCUUCCGAUUGCAAAGCCUGAGCUGCAACCGGCCCCAAGCACCGGAGCGUGGACGGCGCUGGAGGCAAAUGGAUCCCACCAUCAGCAGCUGCAUGCGCGGUCCCCAGGCUCCAGCCCCGCUCUGGGGGUGCCUGCGGAGCACCCGUGCGGACGUCCCCACAGCCGCGGGGCUGAGCCACUACCCGCCGGCACCCUUCUCCUUCCAUCAAAAGUCAGAUUUUGCUGCCUACUCUGAUUUCUCAGCCUCCUGCCUGGUGACGGCUCCGCAGAGCUUCCCGCCCGAGGAGCAGCACCCUUCUUUCCACCACCCCGACUGGCACCAAGCGGCAAGCGAAGCCCGAAGACGGCUGAAUCCAGGACUGGCCUUGGCUUCUGGGGAGUCAGAAGGCGGCAGCCCAAACCUUGUGAGUGCGGCGAUGGGCAUGAAUGAAGAGUAUGAGGCGCCGGUAAGCGCUGCGAUCGAGACAGAGAAAAAGACAUCCAAAAGAAAAAAGGAGAACUCAGAAAACCAGAACUCGAGCAACAAGGCAGAAAGCAGCAGCAAGUCGCGGAAGGAAAGGACGGCUUUCACAAAGGAGCAGCUACGGGAGCUGGAGGCUGAAUUUGCCCACCACAACUACUUGACAAGGCUCAGGAGAUACGAGAUAGCUGUGAACCUGGACCUCACCGAAAGACAAGUCAAAGUAUGGUUUCAAAACAGAAGAAUGAAGUGGAAACGCGUUAAGGGGGGGCAGCCCGUGUCCCCCCACGAACACGACACGGAGGACAUGGACUCUGCUGCCUCCCCCAGCUCUGACUAGCACCUGCAGCAGCGAGAGGAGCACAGGGAGAGGAACUGGACAGAGAGCAGGCACGACACUGCCACGGGUCAGCUACGGCACCGUGCCACGGCCCUGCCUGCAAAACCCGUGGUGCUGAGCCUUCGAAAGGAGUACGAUGCUGUAGCUGGCAGAGGCAAUCAAAGGGCACGGGGGGAAAAAGCCAAAGGAGAGCAGGACUUUGAUUUUCAUCUGAAUGAAUCUAGCUCUCUGGACAUGUCUCGCUGCCACGGGUCUACCUUCAGAAUAAAAGCUAAGAACCACUGUAUAUAAAGCAGGAGUAAUGUUGCUUAGGCUCUCGAACACUUAGAAAAUACGGGCUAUCAGGCAGAAAGAAAGGGUCCAGCUGGUGACAGUGCAACUGUGUUGUCAUCCAGCCUCUCCCUGGCCACUUCUACUCAUUCUGCACUUGGACUUGGCAAGGCACAUUCUGUUCUCCCUGUACUUUCCUCUAAGAGAAAUGAGUGCUUUGAUGAACUGAAACCAGAACUAAAACCGGUUCUGGUUUGGGACCAGAACUAUAUACACAAUUCUGCUGACCAGCCUGAGGAGAGCUGGCUUCCCAUUCACAGCCCGAGAGGACAGGUGCCUUGCUGAUGGUAGCGAUUUGCAGAGGGAUAUUUCUUCCAAGCUUACUAUAAACCCUGAAAUCAAAUUCCUAGAUAUCCCAGAUAUUCCCAGAUUUAAGUCUGAAAUGUUUUUUCAAAGCAGCCAUUACCAACUAUCACAGCAGGUUCUCUGAAUGCAAUAGCUUUCACUAUUUUAUUUUCCACAUUCACAUCUGUUUAAAUGAAGGAAAACUGCUCCUUAAUGCUGCAUUUCUUUUGCAUUUAGGAAAUCUCUCUGGAUACCCAGUUUUCCUUGUGAAUCCAGGAUUGUCAGGAGGAGCAGAAAAUGUUCUGCGGAGUGAUUUAGCCAAGUUUACUAUCUACAAAUUCUUGUUUCAUUUUCCAUUGGAGACAAAACUUUCCUCAGAAUAAACAUGCAUACGUCUAUAUUUAAACUACAUACAAAUACAUCUGUUAAUCCAGGUAUUGUGUGGAUUUACACUUAACUACUUAGACUUCUAAAUCAAUAUUUGUUUAUGAAAUUUACAGUUAUGUGACCAUCUUAGCCCUUUUUGCAAACUUUCUAUGAAUAGGUUAUUUCUGUGAUUUUUCUUUGUUAAUGUUCGCAACCGAUCAGAUAUGUCAUACAAAUGAAAAGUAGCUGUGCUCUUC